AUGAGCGGGGCAAGACACGUGGGCAAGAUCCAGAAACGCCUGGAAGAGGUCAAGAGCCAGUGGGUCCGGCCAGCCAGGGCUGACUUCAGUGACAAUGAGAGUGCCCGGCUGGCCACAGAUGCCCUCUUGGAUGGGGGUCCCGAGGCCUACUGGCGGGUGCUCAGCCAGGAAGGCGAGGUGGAUUUCUUGUCCUCGGUGGAGGUCCAGUACAUCCAGGCCCAGGCCAAGGAGCCCCCCUCUGCCCCGGAGCCCCCAGGAGAGGCCACGGCAGGUUCCAAGGGACUCGAUUCCUGCUCCGUGGCCUCAAGUACCUACUUCCCUGUGGCCUCAGAGGGCAGCGAGCCGACCUUGCUGCACACCUGGGCCUCAGCUGAGAAGCCCUACCUGAAGGAAAAGUCCAGCGUCACCGUGUACUUCCAGACGGACAAGCGCAACAACAUCAGGGACCUCAUCCGCCGCUGCAUCACCCGGACCAGCCAGGUCCUGGCCAUCCUGAUGGAUGUGUUCACAGACGUGGAGAUCUUCUGUGACAUCCUAGAGGCGGCCAACAAGCGCGGGGUGUUCGUCUGUGUGCUCCUGGACCAGGGAGGCGUGAAGCUCUUCCGGGAGAUGUGUGACAAAGCCCAGAUCUCUGACAGUCACCUCAAGAACGUUUCCAUCCGGAGCGUGGAAGGAGAGGUGUACUGCGCCAAGUCAGGCAGGAAGUUCGCCGGCCAAAUCCAGGACAAGUUCAUCAUCUCGGACUGGAGAUACGUGCUGUGCGGAUCGUACAGCUUCACCUGGCUCUGUGGGCAUGUGCACAGAAACAUCCUCUCCAAGUUCACGGGCCAGGCGGUGGAGCUGUUUGACGAGGAGUUCUGCCACCUCUACGCCUCCUCCAAGCCCGUGAUGGGCCUCAAGUCGCCCAGGCCGGCCGCACCCCUCCAGCCCAGAGCAGCCCCCGGCCCCCGACCCGGCCGCCUCAGUGGCAGUAGCUGCUCCAGCAGCGACGGCACGUCCUCCAACCCCUUCAGCAGCCUGUCGACAGGCAGCAACCCCCAGAACCGGAGUCUGUCCACGUCCUCGGGGCCCGGCAGCCCCCUGGCCCCAAACCCACCUCUGGCCCCUAGGUUCCAGCCCUAUCAUGGCCCUUGGAGGGCCCUGACCUCACAGGCCCACUUCUCCCCGAGGCCCCAUGAUGGCCUGUUUGCUCUCUACAGCAACCUCAACGGCUACAGGCCUACGCGGCUGCAGGUCGAGCAGCUUGGCCUGGUGCCCAGGGUGGCCCACACCUGGAGGCCCUUUCUACAGGCCUCCCCGAAUUUCUGA